AUGUCUGCUAGGAUUCUUGUAACGCUGCUGGCUGUGUCCUGUGCUGUUACUGCUCAGUCGGACAUGGAGAGCCAGGCAAGGGAGUUCCUGCAGAAAUUUGACAUAGACGCCACUGCACGUAUGUACCAGUACUCCCUGGCAUCAUGGGCCUACAACACCAACAUCACAAAGGAGAACUCAGACAAACUGUCAGCAGAGGGGCAAGUAUGGGGGGAGUUCUACUCUAAGAUGUCAGAAGAGUCCCAAAGAUUCAAUGUGGACCAGAUCAAGGACCCAGAAAUCAAGUUACAGCUUAUAUCCCUUCAAGACAAAGGCUCCGGUGCUCUGUCCGCAGAUAAAGCUGCUCAUCUGAGUAAGAUUAUGAGCGAGAUGAAUACAAUCUACAGCACAGCCACGGUGUGUCUGAAGGACGACCCCUUGAACUGCCAGACUUUGGAACCAGGCCUGGAGGACGUAAUGGCCAACAGCCAAAACUACGCUGAGCGUCUGCAUGUGUGGGAGGGCUGGAGGAGAGAGGUGGGCAAGAGGAUGAGGCCUCUGUACGAAGACUACGUGGACCUGAAGAAUGAAGCUGCCAAGCUCAACGGUUUCAAAGAUUACGGAGCUUACUGGAGAUACAACUAUGAGACCAUCGAGGAUGAGAUUCUGUACAAGUACAACGGAGAUCAGCUAAUGGAUGAUGUCCGUUCAAUAUACAAUGAGAUUAUGCCUUUAUACAAGGAUCUACACGCCUAUGUGAGAGCCAAGCUCAUCGAUGUCUACCCAGGACACAUUGAUGCACAAGGACCUCUGCCGGCCCACCUGCUCGGUGACAUGUGGGGAAGAUUCUGGAGCAACCUGUACCCUCUGACAGUCCCCUACCCUGACAAACCAGAUAUUGAUGUCAGCAACACCAUGGUGGCAAAGGGCUGGACUGUGAACAGGAUGUUUGAAGAAGCAGAGAAGUUCUUCAUGUCUGUGGGCCUGUAUGAGAUGUUUGAGAAUUUCUGGACCAACUCCAUGCUGACGAAACCUACCGAUGGACGCUCGGUGGUCUGUCACCCCACAGCCUGGGACAUGGGAAACAGAAACGACUUUAGGAUCAAAAUGUGCACUCUGGUCCACAUGGACCACUUCCUCACAGUGCACCAUGAAAUGGGCCACAACCAGUACCAGAUGGCUUACCGUAAUCUGUCCUACCUUCUGAGGGAUGGAGCCAACGAAGGUUUCCACGAGGCUGUCGGAGAAAUCAUGUCCCUCUCUGCUGCAACACCCAAACACCUGCAGAGCGUCGAUCUCCUGCCCGCCGACUUCGUUUACGAUGAGGAAACCGAGAUCAACUUCCUGCUGAAACAAGCGCUCACAAUUGUGGGCACAUUGCCGUUCACCUACAUGUUGGAGGAAUGGAGGUGGCAGGUGUUUGCAGGGAACAUCUCCAAAGAUGAAUGGAUGGCACGCUGGUGGGAGAUGAAGAGGGAGCUGGUCGGGGUGGUGGAGCCAGUGCCAAGAGAUGAGAGCUACUGUGACCCCCCUGCUCUGUUCCAUGUGUCCGGAGACUAUUCUUUCAUCAGAUACUUCACCAGAACCAUCUACCAGUUUCAGUUCCAAAAAGCUCUCUGCGAUGCCGCCGGUCACACAGGCGCCUUGUCGUCAUGUGACAUUACCAAUUCUACUGCAGCAGGAACCAAGCUGAGAAAUAUGUUAGAGCUGGGAAGGUCUCAGUCCUGGACCAGGGCCUUGCAGACGAUAUCUGGUGAUGUGAAGAUGAAUGCUCGCCCCCUGUUGGACUAUUUCCAAAAACUUCAUGACUGGUUGAAGGUGGAGAACCAGAAACACAACAGGAUUGUAGGCUGGAGGACAGACAUAGAUCCAUUUUCAGCGAACGCCAUUACAGUGAGAUUGAGUUUGAAGGCAGCCAUGGGCGAUGACGCUUAUACCUGGAAUGACAACGAGCUGUACCUGUUUAAGGCCAGCAUUGCUUAUGCUAUGAGGCAGUACUACAGCCAAAAGAACCAGACCCUUCAUUUCACAUCAGAAAACGUCGUCAACUCCGAGGUCACUCCAAGAAUCGCCUUCUACUUUGUGGUGACCGACCCAGCAACUCCCUCCAUAAUCAUCCCAAAGCAUGAGGUGGAGGCAGCCAUCCGGUUAUCUCGAGGUCGAAUCAACGAGGCCUUUAAGUUAGACGACAAGACGCUGGAGUUUGAAGGGAUCCUGCCAACACUGGCUCCUCCAGUGGAGCAACCGGUGGAGGUUUGGUUGGUGGUGUUUGGUAUCGUCAUGGGCCUCGUGGUACUGUUGGGCGUCUACCUCGUUGUCUCUGGUAUCAGAGAGCGCAAGCGGAAACCGAAAGAGGUAGCUGCAGAGAAUCCCUAUAGUGAAGACACUGAUGGACACAGUAACAAAGCCUAUGAGGACAAUGACAACGAACAAACUGGAUUCUGAGUUCCCCACUGUGGCUGAGAAACAAGAGGACUAUCGUCUGCAUAUCGUAGUGUCAUAGUCGCUGUCCAAGAAUUGUAUAGUAAAGCUUUAUAAUUGCGUUUUGUUUUCCCACCAGUGCUGCUUGGCUUCUCAUCAAUAUUGACAUCAUGGUUAGAUGUGAAUAUGCAUCAGAGUUUUAGUUGAGUUUCCAUUUUGAGCCUCACAGCUAUUGUAUAGUAUGUAUCCCUGUCAACAAAAAGUCUGUUUAAUUGCUGUAUACUAAAUGUACUUCCAUGUGAAUUUACGUAAAGUCUGAUAUUUUGACACACUAACAUUACACUUAGUAGUACAAUAAGAAAAUUUACUUUACUAAGCUUUUCUGAGACACCAUUAAGUGCAAUUGAAUGUAUUUAAGUAUACUUUUUGUAAUAAUAAUAUAUUCUUUCCUUGUACUUUGCAAAUACCUAAAUGAAGUAAUGUCUUUACCACACAUAAUAAAUACAGUGUAUAAUAUACAUUCAUUAAACUGCAAAUACUUGUUUAAAAAGUUCGUAAUUUUAGGGUUUAUAGCACACAUUUAAAUACAAUCAAAAUAUAUUUUUACAUACGUAGAACAUUUGAAUAACACCAAAAAACUGCAUUAGUUUCAAGCUUUAUUUUCAGUAAAGGUUAUUUCAAAUUUUUCUUUCAAAUUGUGUUUUGUGAUUUGCAGAUUAUUACAUUUUUAGAAUUCAAAACGUGAUCUUUUGUCUUAUUGUUGGAAUGUUGAUAUCUUUGUCUCUAUGACUUUUUAAUGUUUCAUGUAGCCUUUCAGGGUCAGGUAUUUGUGUAUUACUAUUUGAUACUUGUUUUUAAAAUAUCAAAUUUGAUCAAAUUUUCAUUGUAUACCUGAAAUGUAUUUAAGAAAAGCACAUUUUGAAAUGACAAUAAUGUUUUCAAAUGCUGCACAUUGUCAGCACUUCAUUUAUUGAAAAUGCAUCCCUCAAUUCUACGACUGAAAUGUUGCAUUUUCAAAAUAAAGCCGAUGCUGACAGUUUGUGGGGAUUUAACUCUUUUAAUGACAAUACACAAAUACACUGUUGACCAAAGCUGGUGAUUUUAUUGCUCAGAUAAAAUAUACAUGUGUAAAAAAA